UGAAUGGAUCAAGCAGCUGAAACGUAAAGAGAAAGGCCAAACACCUAGUUUGCUGAGAGCUCUAAUAUACACCUUUGGCCUACAGUACAUGUUGGUGGGCAUUGUUGUCUUUCUGGAGGUAGUGAUAUACAUUAAGUUUCUCCUCCUUGGUGAAGGCACAAAAGUAAUUCAGCCCCUUCUGUUGGGAGGCCUCAUACGCUAUUUCACUCCUGACUCAACCGUCAGCAAGUUGGAUGCAUGGCUGUAUGCACUUGGAGUGUCCUUGUGUGCCAUCGUUCUAGCAAUCUCUCACCAUCCAUACUUCUUCUGUGUCCAGCGGAUUGGCAUGCGUAUGAGGGUCGCCUGUUGCUCCUUGAUGUACAAAAAGACUGUGACUGGAAAACUCAACAGGCAAGACAAAAGAGCUAAUAUUUUUAUAUUUACCCAUCUGCCUCAAAUAUACCAUAUCAUAGUCCUUAUUUUCCCCAAACUCAGCUGGCAAGGCAUGACAGGAAAUGUUGAAUUUUGCCUUAAAUUAAGCAACAAAGCCUUGGGUGAAACAACAACUGGUCAGAUUGUCAACUUAAUGUCCAAUGAUGUGAAUAGAUUUGAUCAGGCUGUUGUUUUCCUGCACUUUCUCUGGGUGGGCCCUUUGCAGGCCAUAGCCGUGCUGGUCAUACUUUGGCAUGAGUUGGGGCCCUCUGUUUUAGCUGGAUUCUUUGUGUUGCUGCUACUGAUCCCUGUGCAGGGGUUUAUGGGAAAAUUAUUUUCUAAACUCAGACACAAGACAGCUAUCCAUACUGAUGAAAGAGUCAAAGUCAUGAACGAGAUCAUUUCAGGCAUGAGAGUAAUCAAGAUGUACUGUUGGGAGAAACCCUUUGGGGAACUUGUGGAAAAAGUCAGAAGCCUGGAGAUCAAGGAGGUCCACUCAUCUCGCAGGGCGCAGGCAUGUGUGAUUGCCCCUUUCUUCAGCUCGAUGAAGCUGGUGGUCUUCUGUACCUUCACAGCCUUGGUGGUGACAGGCAAUUCCAUGACUGCGUACAGGGUUUUCCUGACCAUCGGCCUGUUCCAGGCGUUUCGGUUGUCCACGACCUUGUUCAUCCCCUUUGCCAUCCAGCAUAUGGCAGAAAGCAAAGUUGUUUUGAGUCGCCUGGAGAAAUUUCUGCUUCUGGAAGAGCUGAAGGAGGAGCCCAAUGCAGAGAAGUCCAACCUGAGACCAAAGGAGGAUGCCUGCUAUGUCGAACUGGACAAUGUCACUGCUAAGUGGGAAGGGAGCACGUCGGACACAAACACACUGGAAAACAUUAGUCUCAGUGUUGGUCCUGGACAGUUGAUAGCAGUCAUUGGCCCAGUUGGAGCAGGAAAGUCCUCACUUCUCAUGAACAUCCUUGGGGAGCUACCGGCCCUGAAAGGCACAGUCAAAGUAUCAGGCAAGCUGGCCUAUGUCUCCCAACAACCAUGGAUAUUUUCUGGCAGUGUGCGCCAGAAUAUUGUGUUUGGUGGCAUCUUUGACAAGGCCAAAUAUGACCGAGUCAUCAAAGUCAGUGCUUUGAAAAGGGAUUUUGAAAUCAUGCCCCAAGGGGAUGCUACUCUGAUUGGUGAUAGAGGAGUUAGCUUGAGUGGAGGUCAAAGGGCACGUGUGUCCUUGGCCCGAGCCUUGUAUAUGGAUGCAGACAUAUACUUACUUGAUGACCCUCUGAGUGCUGUAGAUUCUGCUGUUGGGAGACAUAUAUUUGAACAGUAG